GCACGUCCUUUUAUCUUUCUCUCGGAAGUCAAGAAUGGGGUGGCAGAUAUGGAGGGGAGCAGCAGAACAAGAAAUCUCUCUUUCUGUCUCUCUCACCCUCUCUUUUGCUUAUAAGUUGGAUGCCGAACGGUGAAAGGUGCUGUCGGGAACUGCAGCAGAUCGCAGACGAGAAUCGCACAGCAUCAAUGUCAUGUGAGAAUCUCACAAUGUUCAAUGAUGCCCAUCGACCAGAGGUAGCACGAAGAUGGAGCUGGAGCGAUGGCGCCACAGCACAAAGAGAUACAAAGUUGGUGAUUGAAAGUGUUCUCAUAACAGAAAUUGGUGGACACCAGUCGCGCAAACUACUUCAAGAGCAGAGCAGCCUCGAGUUACGUGGUGGGGAUGGGGUUUCCGCGGACAUACCCGAAAGCUUGCCUUCAACUUUACCCCCAGGUUUGAGCUUGCCAUCUCCAGCAGUUGUAGAGAGCAUUGCUGCGGGUGCUAAAUUCAACAGCUCGGAUUUUAACCUGACUGGUCUUGUAAAUGGUUCACUGGAUGAGGCAGCAGCAAGGGACGCCCUUACCAACCUAGCGGCCAACCCAUCGGUGUUUGGAGGUAACAGCACAAAUGGAAGUCUGUCGCUUGACGGAUUGGCUGACAUGGACUUCUCCACAACACAAGAAACAAAACCAUUUGAGCGUUUGGCGGAAAACCAGACUGAUCGGCCGGAUCCACGAAACAAGUUCCGCAAGUACACUGGUGGCUGGGACUUCCGGAAUGCAAGUUACCUUUCGUCGGUUGCAUACACUGCAGCUCCAGCGUUCAUCAUUGCUGUUCUCUGGGCGCUCCUGGCGGUCGUGUACCUGUUCGCAAUAAUCUGUUACUGCUGCUGUUGUAAAAGAAAUCGACAUGCAAAGUUCUAUGAAUCCUCAGCAUAUUGUUGGCCACUUGUACUUGUUGUGCUGCUCACUUUCACGGCAUUGGGAGGGUCUGCUAUUCUUUACACUGGAGCAGGAAAAAUGCACACAGAACUUGGACUCACCAUUGAUUAUAUUCUCGAGGAAGUGAAUAAAACCACAACGAAGGUCCGCUUGGCCGCCGAUGACCUGGUUUCAAUGACAAAUUUCUCUAUUGCUGGUGCGCAAAUGACCAGUGCUGAUCAAGUGAAGGUUAUGGACGCAAUGAAUGAAAUGUACAAAGCAGCGAAUGAUGUGGACACAGCUGUUGAGGACAAUAAGAAAGAUAUUCGGAGGGUGGUCGAUCUCAUACGGCUUAUCAUGAACAUCGUCGUGGGCGUUACAGCUGGCCUCGUCAUACUUGGCCUUGUCUUUACAUUGCUGGCGUGGAAGUACUGCAUACGCGUGCUGGCCAUUCUUGGAUGGGUGCUUAUCUUUGUCACAUGGGUACUCGCUGGAGUUUACAUCGUCGUAAUGAACGUGACUGAUGACACGUGCUUGGCAAUGGAAGAGUGGACACAUGAUGUGUCAGCAAACACAAGUAUAUCAGACAUUCUGCCUUGCGUCGACAAGAACACUGCCAACCGAACUUUGCUCAAAAGCAAGAGUGUGGUACUGUUUGGAACACAGCUUAUCAACAAUGGAAUCGUGGUUACGAAUAGCUUACCCGUCCUAGCACCAGCAGUGCCGCUUCUUUGUCCGCCCUACACAAAUGACUUGCAAGUUGUUCCGAUUGAGACAUGCUUAGCUCAAGAGCCCGAACGCACAAAUUUCGUAGAGUACGAGGAGGAUUGGAGGAAGCAUACGUGCCCCCUUUCUCCCGAUUAUUUGAGUGCUUGCCAACAACCGGAACCGUCAAUGAAUUGUUUCUUCAGUAAUUGUUCAGACAGAAGACUGACGGUCCCCACGUAUCUGAAGCUGGUUGAGUCUACCUGGAUGCUGGUGAAAAUCAACAGCACGACGCACAUGCUUGUGGAGCUCAUGCAAUGCCAAUUUGCGGUCAAAAUAUUCACAGACGUCAACAAUAAUUUCUGCCACAAGCUUCAAGUUCAAGCAAAGCUCCAGUGGAUUGGAUUGAUAGUGCUAUCGUCGUCGUCUAUGCUUCUAGUUUUCCUCUGGCAAUUGUAUGUCCACCGCUGGAAUAAGCGCAUGAGGACGACAAGCAAGCCCAUAUACGACUCCCAUGCACAAAGCUAUGGAUGACCGAUGAACGUGGGAGUGCGAUAGCGACAAGCUGCGCGGUGUGAUUGCAGGGCUCUCGCUUGAGCCGUUAGCGGUGGGACUUUGGUGCCACACAGCCUGGUUGUCACUGUGGCUGUAUUCCUUCUUUUCCCCUUUUGGGAAUGCUUCAGGAAACCAGGGUUUCCUAAAUAAGGAUACACCAGGUUGUGCAGCUUUCUGCAGAAAUUUGCUUCUUCUGUGGAGUUUGCCGUCCCUGUGCGGCGGUGUGAUGGGCGUGGGAAGCACGGUCAGAUUGCCAAACGGUGGUCUUUUUUCCGUGGGAAAUAUUGCUGCCUGAUACUAGUACUGGGGUCUGAUGGACCUGUGAAGCAGGCAGGUGCCUGAUAGAGUGGCAGUCCUUGCGUCAAGUGUACCCACUUUUAGAAUUUCUGCAUUUUUGCCACAGGUACGCAGUCGAAGGCUUUUCCUCAUGAAUGGAACGGACCAACCCCGCCGAAAACCACAGGCGUACUAGGGUUUUUCUAAUGACCCAUCUUCUGUCUGCAUUUGGAGUCUCAGCUACGUUGUGAGAAUCCCAAUGAGUAUGCCCCAGGACGUCUGGUGAUCCUUGGGGAGAUUUGCUUGUGCUAUUUUCUGCAAUUUGAGCAUAGCAGCUAUCCCUAGCUUCUUUUCUUUCGUUUGACCUCUGCUUUGGAGUGAGGUUUCAGCUGAUCCAUGUAGGACUUAUGCUGAUCCUUGGCGAGAUUUGCUUGUGCUUUUUUCUGCAAUUUGAGCAUAGCAGCCAUCCCUAGCUUCUUUUCUUUCGUUGAGGUUUCGGCUGAUUGCACUUGGUGCGAGUAGUUGCAGAUUUCUGUGUAAAUACAGUCCGGCGUCUUCUGAGGUCGCCAUCUUCUCAGCUUCCUCUACUUGGGAUUGAGCCGGGCAUGAGGCAUCAGGCGGCGCAUGAGGCAUCAGUCUGGGGCUUGUUACCUGACAGGCACUUGCACGCACGUAGCCAACCUUCAGUGAAAGGCAUGGAAAAGCUCCCUGGAAAAGAAAGAGUACAUUUUUAUAUCCAUGUGAAAGAGCUAAGGGUUACUUCCCUCAGGGAGCAGACUCAGCUGGGAGGGUUAUGAGGCAUCAGUCUGGGGCUUGUUACCUGACAGGCACUUGAAAGUAGCCAGCCUUCAGUCACAGGCAUGGAAAAGAAAGAGCCAAGUGUUUUGUGUCACAACCCAACUUCACAGGAAUAGAGUAUCGAAGAUCAUGUGUCCGGGGGUUCACGGGUGGAUGGAGAGGAGAAUCAUCACCGUUCAUUUUCGUUAGCCGUCAGAUUGCCAUAUCGAAGAUUGUGUUUCCGGGGGUCCUAAUGUGGGUGGAGAGGAGAAUCAUAAGCAUUCAUUUUCAUUCGCUGUCAGAGUCAUAACCCCUCGAAGGGAGUAUUACCUGUUGUUACCUCAAUGUUAAACAGCCUCUGACACAAAUACAUAUGGACCCGCGUGGCGCACUGAUUCAGCCGCGGAAUUAGUGGCCUGAGAACGUGGAGGUUGGAUUAACGGUCUUUAGGUAGGUACAAAAAAGGUGGCGUGGGUCUGCUGCUGUGUGCAUGUGGCAGGCAUGUAAGGGGGUGUCACAGUUUCACAUGAAGGGGAGGGUGUGAAGACAGGGGCCAGCAGGAAGGGGACAGGAGACGAGGGGGCAGAAGCAGGAGGGGUUAAGAGGGGAGGGGGCAGAUGUGGGAAGGUAACUGGAGAGAGGAAGAGUGAUUUGUCGCUGGGCAAUCCACUGCAGUGGCUGGUCAGGCAAUCACAGAUCUGUUGGAGCAAGAAAGUGACUCCGGGGAGACACUCAGGGGCGAGCACGAAGGGGACAGGAGAGAGGAGGGGGUGGAUGCGGGAAGGAGGAAAAGGAGGGAGGAAAAGUGCUCACGCUGCAAUGGCUGGUCAGGCAAUCACAACUCUGGUGGAGCAAGCCACGGGC